AUGGUGCCCCCCAAGAAGCUGCAGAGUGAAAUCGGGAACAACGGCAGCAAGAACAAUAUGUCCUACAACAAGAGAGAUGCCGCUAUGGGUAAGGCCGACGGAAAGGGCCAGAAUGGCGCUCGGUCUGGAUUUCGAACUGACACCGCCAUCUCCACCAACAACCGCCUGGGCAACGAGCGAGCCCUUCAGCCGUGGGUUCCAGACGCCGGCGAUGGCAUUGAUGGGAGCUUGGAGAAAUCCUCCAGCGGCGGAGCCUGGGACCAGUUCGCCGAGAACGAGCGACUCUUCGGCUUGAAGACUGACUAUGACGAGAACAUCUACACUACCACCAUUGACAAGAGCCAUCCUCAAUACCGCGAGCGCAUGGCUGCUGCAGACCGCAAGGCUCGAGAGAUCGAGCGAAGCCUUCCCACAACGGCUCACGUCGCCGAGGAGCGUGUGAUGGACUUCGUCGGUGGUGGUGGUAACGAUCAGGGCGGUGACGAGGAAGACAAGUAUAGUGGAGUCCGGCGCGACAAGUACACGCCCCCAGCCAAGCGAGCUCCUUCAUCUCAGUCUACGGUGACUGGCGCCCCUGUCGAUCCCGCAAUCAUCUCUUCGCAGCUGAGGGCGCCGGCGAAGAAGCAAACCGCGGUCAAACCAGAGGAUGCCAAGCUCCUCAACCAACUCGCAAACAAGGGCGGCGCUGCGCAGGGAGGGGAGGCUCCCAAGCCUGCUGAUUCUAAACCUGCCGCGAAGCCGACUCCGAAGCAAGAGCCAGCAAAGUCAACCGAGUCGAAGCCAGCGGACGCGAAGGCUACUGCUGCGAAGGCCAACGAUGCCAAGACCGACAAAUCCGCUGCUGCAGCCCGUCCCUCGGCGGCCACUAGUCGCACCAUCUCUCCUCAAGUCAAGGAGGGUGCACCAAGUGCUGCCUUGACUGUGGAGCGCGAUGUUCUCAACUCUUUCAAGUCGUUUGCUAGCCAACAGCGACAAAACGCAGAGAAAGUUCGGAGCAGCAAGGCCAAGGCCGACAAGGAGGUCAAGUUGACAGAGUUGAAGAAGUUUGCCGACACCUUCAAGCUGUCAACCCCCGUCCCAUCCGAUCUGAUUGGUAUCAUCGCCAAGGACCCAUCCAAACAGAAGGAGAUCCAGGCAAAGGCGCUCCAGAAUGCUGAAGACAUUGCCCGUGCCAAGGCAGACGCUGCCACAAAGCCCAAGGAAACUCCGUCAAAGGAUGGUGCUUCUAAGUCGGCUGCCGACACCCCGGCCACACAGUCUGUCACUACAGACACAAGAAGUGCCUCACGUCCGACUCCCACGCAGCACACGAUAUCUCCCUCGAACGUACCGAACCGGCAUCCGAACGCUCGUCAAUCUUAUGCUUCUCCCCAGUACCACACCCAAACGUACCGGAACGACAGGUCAGGACAGCACAUGGCGCAGCAGAAUCGUCAGCCGCUGGCGCAGCGUCUCCGCAACGUCGAGCAACAGAAGAUGUCGCAACCGCCGGCACACCCGCAUGGUGGCGGCCAGGAUAUGCGUCUCCCUCCGACUGGGCCGGCAAACAAUAACGAGGCGUUCUCUCGACGCAUCACUGGCGUUCCGAGCCACAUUGGUGGAAAGUUAAACCCAAAUAGCCACGAGUUCAGACCCAGUCCCUUCGCCGCGUCUUUCAACCCCAAUGGUCACCCCAGUGCGGGAUCUAGCCCUAGCUCCUCCGCUGCAAACAACGCGCCGACGAGCGAUGCGACGACUCUCGUGAGCUCGGCGCCCACUGGCCAGCUAAUCCGCCGCAAGACGAAGACGGUUGAUGUCAAGAAGUGCUACAUCCUUGCUCACGUCAAGACUUACCAACCACCUCAGGGCCGCAACUGGGAUGACAACGAAGGAUUGAGACCGUCCUACGACACCCCGCCUACGUGGAGACAGGUUCAAGAUAAUGAGAAGCCUGAUUCCACGAUGCACAUUACGUCCAAGGAAUUUCUGGAGCGUCAAUCAUUUGCCUCCUCGUCCAUCGCCACGCCUAACCACACGCACGUCGUCCCCAGUGCCCAUCAGCAUCAGCUCCCUUUCCAUCUGCAGCAGCCUGCGCAUGGUAUGGGCCCGCGCCAGUCACCUCAUAUGCCGCCUAUGCCGAUGCAGAAUCAACAUGGAGGCCACGUGCCUCACGGACCCUACCAAAACAUGGACGAUCACAGGAUGAUGCACUCCAACUCGGCACAGUCUUUUGCGUCGCCUCGAAUGGGCCAGGUUCCUAUCACCUACACGCCAGCCAUGGGCUCCGCCGGUCAGGUGCCCUACAACCAGCCGAUGAUGCAGCCAUUCGUGCCAGGCACGCCGAACAUGGGCGGCUUCCGCAACUUCUCCAACAAUCACCAGUACAUGCCGCAACAGCCUGGUGCACCUAUGGGAGGACCGAUGAUGCCGCAAUUCAUGAAUCCCCAGGGGAUGGUACCAGCACCUCAGAUGCCAAUGUACGCCGGAGGCCAUGCGCAGUUCAUGCCUCCGAACGCCGCGCCGCCCCAGCCUAUCCCGGGAUCCAACGGCUAUCCUAGUCCCGGACGACCAGUCGCGCCCAUGAUGGCCCACCAAGGUUCGCAGCAGGGUCAACCGGUGUACGGCAUGAGUCCCAACGUGCAGUACCAGCAGCCGGCCUUCACCCCGCAGCAGCCUGGCGGUCAGGUUGGCAGGGGUUACAACGGUCCGGGUCCUCAGCACUUCGGGACGAGUCCCUCCCAAAUGCAUUCAUACGGAGCCCAGCAUCGAAGUGGAAGUAACACCUACGGAGCCAAGCCCUUCAACAACCACGGACAACACCAAGGGUCUCAGCAGGGCGCGGCAGUCCCAGCCGGUGGCCCCGGGCGCGGUCCUGAUGGCUCCGAGGAGGCCAAGUGA